AUGUUCUCCCGCCUGUCCCAGCUGUCUCGGCAUCUUCCCUCGGCGCAAACAAUAGUAAACGCCGUCAAGCCCCCCGCCGCUCCGAGCUCCGGUCUCGCCCGUAGAAUCAUGGUCUCGGCGGAUGAGCGAAACACCCGCAUGAUCCACACGGCGGCGUGUCUGAUCAUCGGAGAUGAAGUUCUCGGCGGAAAGAUUGGUCAGACCAACUCGGCCUACAUGGCCAAGUGGUGCUUCAACCUAGGCAUUAACCUGAAGAGAGUCGAAGUCAUCGAGGAUGAUGAGAGCGAAAUCAUUGAAGCAGUACGGCGGAUGAGUGACCGCUACGACUUCGUAGUCACUAGCGGCGGAAUCGGGCCAACGCACGACGACAUCACUUAUCAAUCAAUAGCCAAGGCCUUUGAUCUACCUCUGGUCCUCAACCAGGACGCUUUCGAACGCAUGAAGAAACUCUCCAAGCCACACCCGAAUCAGCCAAACUUUGACUGGAACGUCGACUCUCCCGCGCUGCAGGCCAAGCUGAGAAUGGUCAUCCUCCCUACCGAUGAGAAGCGCGAUCCCGCCAAGCAGUUCCUCUUCCCCCACGAUGAUCUCUGGGUGCCGGUCAACGUCGUCAACGGCAACAUUCACAUCUUGCCCGGCGUUCCGCGGCUUUUUGAGAAGCUCUUGGACGGACUGAAGCCGGUCAUUGUGCCCCGACUUACCGACCCGGAGGGUAAGGGUCUCUGCCGAGUUCUCAUCUCCACCCCGCUUCCGGAGAGCGCCGUUGCUGCUUAUCUGACACAACUCGCGGCCAAGGUGGAGCCAAAGGGUGUCAAGGUCGGCAGCUACCCUCGAUGGGAACAGAACGGUACGGUGACGCUUGUCGGAAGGGACCAGGCGUACAUCGAAAGCAUCAUAGAUGAGGUUAUCGAGGGCGUUCAGGGUAAACGUGUAUACGUUGAAGGAGAGGAUGACACCGCCGCCGCCGCCGCCGCCGCCGCAGCGAGCAAAGGCGAGUGA